GCAGCGCGUGCGGCUGCUGGUUUCCGUGGAGACGGGGAGGCCCGGCCGCGUCCAUGGAACCGGGGCUCGUCGGGCCCGGGCCGUACCGCGCCACCCGGCUGUGGAAUGAGAUAAUCGAACUCUUCCGUGCUGGAAUGCCUCUAAGGAAGCAUCGAUGCCGCUUCAAAAGCUACGAGCGUUGCUUCAAAGCCUCGGAGGCAGUGGACUGUUUGCAUGAACUACUUGGCUCUAACCAAAACUUUGGCCCAGAGGUGACGCGCAGUCAAACGGUUAAGCUGCUUAAAAAAUUCCUGAAAAAUCAUGUUAUUGAAGAUAUUAAAGGAAGAUGGGGCAAAGAGGACUUUCAAGAUGAUGGCCAUUUGUAUAGAUUUCCUCCUUCCUCACCACUGAAGCCAUAUCCAAAGAAACCUUCAUUUGGAAAGGAAGUCAUUAAAUUUCCAGAUUGGAAUGAUCCAAAGGCUGGCACUUCCCAAGAACACAUUCCUGUGAAAUCAAUCAUGACGAAUUCUGAAAUGUGGUACAAGCGUCACAGUAUAGCUAUAGGGGAAGUACCAGCGUGCAAGCUUGUUUUCCGCAGGGAGUUAACACAAGAAAACAUAGAAGAGAUAUGGAAAUCAAUGACUUUGUCACGACUACAAAAAGUCUUGGGUUUGGAUUGCCUGGAUGAAGUGAUAGAUACAAAGCUUGUGAAUUCAAAGCAUAUUGUCCAAAAUGCAUACAAUGUCAAUAAGCAAGGCAUUGUCACUUUAGAAGACAAAUCAAAGGACCUACCUCACUGGAUAUUGUCAGCAAUGAAAUGCCUAGCAAAUUGGCCCAUCUGCUCAGAUUUGAAGCAACCUACAUAUUCAGGAUUUGAAAGAGAUGUCUUCAAAACAAUAGUGGACUACUUUGGCCAGAUGAAAGAACCACUUCUUACAUUUAAUUUUUUUGAUGUUUUUGUUAGUGUGUUAGGUCUGCUGCAAAAACACAGCGAGGCUAUAGAAGCUCUUCAAAUAUCUUGUCUCCUGCUGCCACCAGAAAAUCGGAGAAAACUGCAGCUGUUGGUGAGAAUGAUGGCAAGAAUUAGCUUUAACAAGGAUUUGCCACCUCUUUCUGAAUCAGUGAGGACCAGAGUCUUGAUGGUUCAAGCAUUUUCCCGUUGUAUUCUCUGCUCUAAGGAUGAAAUGGACUUGGAUGAACUGCUUGCUGCUAAGCUAGUAUCUUUUCUCAUGGACAAUUAUCAGGAGAUAUUAAGUGUUCCAUCCUCCUUAAAAUCUUCUAUAGAGGAACAUGUUGUACAUGUCCAAAGAGUUCAAAUAAAAUAUGCUGGAGCUGACACUGAUGCGACUUUUCCUGCUCCAUCAUUUUGCCAUCAAAUCAGCACAGAUGAAUUUGAAUACCAAAGGGCAACUGGCUCUCAGGAACCGCUGGCAGCUUUAUUAGAAGAAAUUGCAACGAAUAAAGAAAUAUCUGUGAAAGACAAGAAGAAGAAACUCAAACAAUUUCAGAAAUCUUACCCCGAAGUGUAUAGAGUACGAUUUCCUACCCCUGAAACUGAAGCAGUGCUGUUUCCAGAAAAAUCGAAACAGAAGCCACCACUUCUGAUGUGGGCUUUAAGAAAGCCUUUUCAACCAUUUCAGAGAACCAGAAGCUUUCGGAUGUAAAGAGUUUGUAUGUAAUACAUCAGCAAACUGAGUCAAAGCAAAUUUUCCAUGGAUCUUACACAAAAGGAGCAUGUAAUUUGCUCAGAAAAAAUACUGGAGUCUGUAGAGAACAUCAGUAGAGAAGUGUUGAGGACACAGAAAUGUGAACCAAUGUCAGUAUUUUUUAAAUCAUGAUUUUUUUUUUUUUAAUGUUUGUUUUGUAGUUCUUAAAAACAAGAUGAUUAACUUGCAUUGGGGAUAAGGCACACUUGCUGUAGUUUGAUCAUUUCAAGGUCAAAACUUGUGUGCAAUGUAUUGUUAGUUAAUCAAGAGCAUUUUUUUGUUGUAUAAACUAGGCCGUUUGUUCAUGUGUAGCUUGAGAAAUUCCUAAUCUGUAAGUACACGAAUAAGUAUGUAACACUGGAUUUUGUUUUUCUGUUGUGUGACCUGUUGUUCUUAUAUAAAAUUUAUUUCAUAAAACUGUAAAAACUCAUUAAUUUUGAUUCUUAUGAUGCAUUACAUAUAGAGUCAACUGUUGUUGAAGAGCCAUUUCUUUUUUUAGUAUAGACUUAAAAGCCUUUUCCAAAAGCUGUUAUGAAAUAGUGCUGUACAAAUUUGGAUGGCUGUCCUCUAGAACUCAUUUUGUCAGUAAAAUUUGAAUCUUUGCAUUUCUUCUGGAAAUGCAAAUAUUUACUUGAUUUUGGAGUAUUGAGUACCCUUAAUGAUCUUGUUUGUUUUCCAUUAUGAAAACUAUUGUACAUGUAACUUGACUGGGAGUAUGACUUGAUUCUGGCAACAAUUUGCAGACAUCUACUGGUAUGAUACUGGUGGUACUUUUAGGUUAUGCAUCAGAGUUUUAAAGAACAGUUUUUUGUAUGUCACUGAAUGUCGAAGUCUAUGCAGAGAGGGAAGGCAGCAGGUAUCUCAACCAGUUUGUCUGAAAUUCUAAUAAUGUGCUGACUAAUGUGCAGCGUUCACUUUGCUAACCAGCUAGCAUGUCAAUAAGCUUGCAGAUGUAAGGCUGUUGGUUUAAUAGACUGGAAUGUUUCUCGGGUAUUGUGCUCUUUAUGAACAGUACAUGUUUUCAUGGUCUGUCUUCACCCUUGCGCUUCUUAACAGUAAUCAUUGCUUAAAUAAAUGUGGU